UUAACUUUCAAACCGUAUGUCUAUCCCGGGGUAACGACGGAGUCGUUUAGAACGUCAAUGCGGCAGUUUUUCAAUCUUCAUUUGCAUAUUUUUAAGGAUUGUGCAAUGAUUUCGAGAAAAAUUUAGCUACGGAUAGUCUAGUAGAGAAUAUUUCAAUAGUUGUCUUGCGUGGCCAUGUUAUCUUUACUUGAUUUACAAAUGAUCUUAUCUUUGUACAGAGACCACUUUAUAAUACCUUGUAUCAAGAUACAAAGCAGAAUUUGAUAGACAAACAUGUGUGAAAGUGCAUAUCCAAGAGUUUUAUCUAUCCAAAGCCACGUCGUUUCAGGCUAUGUCGGCAAUAAAAGCGCUGUUUUCCCUAUGCAGCUUUUAGGUCUGGAAGUUGAUUUUAUAAACUCUGUCCAAUUUUGCACCCAUACUGGGUACAAAAAGCUGACAGGACAAGUGCUAACAGAGAAAGAUCUCAGAGACCUUAUGGAUGGACUUAUCGAAAACGAAAUUGAUCUUUACUCAUAUCUUUUAACAGGCUAUAUUGGGGCAGCCUCAUUCUUACAAGAGGUUGCCGAGGUUGUGAAGCAUUUAAAAACGAAAAAUCCGAAACUUAUCUAUGUUUGUGACCCCGUGAUCGGAGACAAUGGAAAAAUCUAUGUCCCGCAAGAACUAAUACCGAUCUACAAAGAAGUCGUAAUUCCUCUAGCAACAAUCCUAACUCCCAACUUGUUUGAAGCGCAGUUGCUAACCGACCUGCAAAUCAAAACCCCAGACGAUAUUUGGAAAGCUUGUGACGUGUUACAUGGCAAAGGAUGUGAGAUUGUUGUGAUAUCAUCAGCUGAAUUUGAGGGCGUACCUGAGCUGCAUGUUUUUGCUAGCAGCAUCAGAGAUAAGAAUAAACAGAAAUUUACGCUAGAAGUGCCGAAAUUUCCGAUAGCAUUCAUCGGCACAGGUGACGUGUUCGCCUCCCUGAUGCUGUCGUGGAUGCAUAAGACUAAGGGUGAUUUAAAAACAUCGCUCGAGAGGACCAUCGCAUCUUUACAAGCGAUAUUGAAACGUACCGCCUGCGGUAUAAAAGAAGGUUCCACACCUACUAGCCGAGAGAAAGAAUUGAGGCUGGUCCAGAGCAAACAGGAUAUCGAGAAUCCUAAAGUUACCAUUGAGGCAAGAGCCGUGCAAUAAUUUUUUUUUAACUGUAAAGUAGUGCUUAUUAGCUUGUACGUAUAUGUAAUCAAACGAAUAAUCUAUAUUUAUGAUUGUGUGAGCAUAUGAAACAUGUAAUAUCCUGAGGUUUACAUGUCAAUAAUCUCCCUUGCUUGUUUGGCCAAUACAACCACGUGUAUUGACAGAUUUUUCUUUGCUGUGUUUCCACCACAGAGGUGAUCUUCAGUACAGGAUAAUACGUUUGAUUUUUAUCUGUCUUGCAGAUAAUAGUUCGUUUUUUUCUUUUCAUUAAUCACGUUCCUAGUGUGUUACUACAAGUCUGGAAAUCUAACAUGAGAGAUUCGGAAUUUGAAGAAGGCACCACACAAAACCAGCAUAGACCAGGACUGUCAGGGGUAUCAUUCCCUUUCCAGAAAACGACGUCCAUCCCUCAAAACGACAAGCGAGCAUGAGGCUGUCGUUUUUUUAAUGUACUAGAUGCGUUACCCUCGUCCAUCGUCCCAAAAACGCGAAAACCAUCCAGAACUGUUGUCGUAACACACUGGUUAAUUAUUGUGCGAUCGCUUGAUUCCCAUGGUCUUGCACAUAAAUAGACACUAAAUCUAAAACAAAUUUUCUUCAAAAACUAUUUUGAAAUUUUUGGACGUGCUUGUAGAAUCCAUUUUUUCUUGCAGUGCCUGCAUUGUUUCUUAGCAUUUACUUUGAUUUUACCCUUUAUCUUUUCUAUCUUGUCGUUUUUUUAAUGUACUAGAUGCGUCACCCUCGUCCAUCGUCCCGAAAACGCCAAAAAAAACGCUCAGAACUGUUGCGUAACGCGCUGAUUAAUUGUUAUGCAAUAUUUGAUUAAAAUGUCCUAGAACAUAGCUAGAUUUCCUUGCUCUUGCACAUAAACAGACACUAAAUCGAAAAAUAUUUUUACUUUCUUCAAAAACCAUUUUUUGAAGUGCUCGUACAAUCCAUUUUUUCUUGCAGUGCCUGCCUUGUUUCUUAGCAUUUACUUUGAUUUCACCCUUUAUCUUAUCAAUUUUGUCGUUUUUUUAAUAUACCAGAUGCGUCACCCUCGUCCAUCGUCCCGAGAACGCCAAAAAACGCGAAAAAACCACCCAGAACUGUUGCUUAACGCACUGGUUAAUUGUUUUUGCAAUCUUCGACUAAAAUCUCCUAGAACAUCGCUAGAUGCUCUUGCACAUAAACAGACACUAAAUCGAAAAAUAUUUUUUCUUUCUUAAAAAACCAUUUUUUGAAGUGCUUGUAGAAUCCAUGUUUUCUUGCAGUGCCUGCAUUGUUACUUAGGAUUUACUUUGAUUUUAUCCUUUAUCUUUUCAAUUUUGUCGUUUUUUUAAUCUACCAGAUGCGUCACCCUCCUCCAUCGUCCCGAGAACGCCAAAAAACGCGAAAAAAACACCCAGAUCUGUUGCUUAACGCACUGGUUAAUUGUUUUUGCAAUAUUCGACUAAAAUGUCCUAGAACAUCGCUAGAUGCUCUUGCACAUAAACAGACACUAAAUCGAAAAAUAUUUUUACUUUCUUCAAAAACCAUUUUUUGAAGUGCUCGUACAAUCCAUUUUUUCUUGCAGUGCCUGCCUUGUUUCUUAGCAUUUACUUUGAUUUCACCCUUUAUCUUAUCAAUUUUGUCGUUUUUUUAAUAUACCAGAUGCGUCACCCUCGUCCAUCGUCCCGAGAACGCCAAAAAACGCGAAAAAACCACCCAGAACUGUUGCUUAACGCACUGGUUAAUUGUUUUUGCAAUCUUCGACUAAAAUCUCCUAGAACAUCGCUAGAUGCUCUUGCACAUAAACAGACACUAAAUCGAAAAAUAUUUUUUCUUUCUUAAAAAACCAUUUUUUGAAGUGCUUGUAGAAUCCAUGUUUUCUUGCAGUGCCUGCAUUGUUACUUAGGAUUUACUUUGAUUUUAUCCUUUAUCUUUUCAAUUUUGUCGUUUUUUUAAUCUACCAGAUGCGUCACCCUCCUCCAUCGUCCCGAGAACGCCAAAAAACGCGAAAAAAACACCCAGAUCUGUUGCUUAACGCACUGGUUAAUUGUUUUUGCAAUAUUCGACUAAAAUGUCCUAGAACAUCGCUAGAUGCUCUUGCACAUAAACAGACACUAAAUCGAAAAAUAUUUUUUCUUUCUUCAAAAACCAUUUUUUGAAGUGCUUGUAGAAUCCAUUUUUUCUUGCAGUGCCUGCAUUGUUUCUUAGGAUUUACUUUGAUUUUAUCCUUUAUCUUUUCAAUUUUGUCGUUUUUUUAAUAUACCAGAUGCGUCACCCUCGUCCAUCGUCCCGAGAACGCCAAAAACACGCGAAAAACCACCCAAAACUGUUGCGUAAUGCACUGGUUAAUCGUCAUACAAUCUUCGAAUAAAAUGUCAUAGAACAUCGCUAGAUUCUCUUGCUCUUGCACAUAAACAGACACUAAACCGAAAAAUAUUUUUUCUUUCUUCAAAAACCAUUUUUUGAAGUGCUUGUAGAAUCCAUUUUUUCUUGCAGUGUCUGCAUUGGUCCUUAGCAUUUACUUUGAUUUUAUCCUUUAUCUUUUCUAUCUUGACGUUUUUUUUAAUGUACCAGAUGCGUCACGCUCGUCCAUCGUCCCGAAAACGCGAAAAAAAAACACACAACUGUUGCGUAACGUGCUGGUUGUUAUGCAAUCUUUGACUAAAAUGUCAUAGAACAUCGCUAGAUUCCCUUGAUCUUGCACAUAAACAGACACUAAAUCGAAAAAUAUUUUUUCUUUCUUCAAAAACCAUUUUUUGAAGUGCUUGUAGAAUCCAUUUUUUCUUGCAGUGUCUGCAUUGGUUCUCAGCAUUUACUUUGAUUUUAUCCGUUAUCUUUUCUAUCUUGUCGUUUUUUUUUAAUGUACCAGAUGCGUCACGCUCGUCCAUCGUCCCGAAAACACCAAAAAACGCGAAAAAAAAAACACUCAGAACUGUUGCGUAACGCGCUGGUUAAUUGUUAUGCAAUCUUUGACUAAAAUGUCAUAGAACAUCGCUAGAUUUCCUUGCUCUUGCACAUAAACAGACACUAAAUCUUUUCGUUUUUGUAAUGUACCAGAUGCGUCGCUCUCGUCCAUCGUCCCGAAACAUUUACUAAAUAAUUUCGCAAAACGUUCAACAUCGAUCCCAAUGUAAUUUAAUCAACAAUGUUUCCCUAUCUAUAGUCACAAAUUCCAUUUUUAUACUGUUACAAUACUACGUUCUUUCUCAUCUAUACUUUUUCUCACCCUGUAUAAAUUUUAGUGUAGCAUUUUAUUUUUACAAUUGUCCUGUUCUGAAGACUAACUUUUGGAAUAUAAAUGGCAUAGUUUCCAUUUUUCAAACUCCUCGUUACGAUCGUUUUGUGCAACAGUGUUGACUAUUAUUGAAAAUUUCUCGUAUUAUGUUCUCAGGCAGGUUUUCAUUUCCUUAAUGAGUUUCUCUAUUUCUAUCCAUUUUCAAGAUUUUUUUACACGAAUGUUUUUAUCGUUAAAAUGAUCAUUUUCUUGUCAACAUAAAAAACGGGAGCAAAGAAUUACUGUAAUACUGUACGUAAUGUUCGUCUAAUAUGUGAUAAAUGUAACUGUCUUCCAAAGCAAAUGUUAAGUUGUUAAACAUUUAUUUGACCUGUUGUAAUAAAUAUAUGUGUG